AUGGUUUCAAGAAAUUACAGGCCAAGUAUGAAAAAGUCUAGUAUUGAUUUGAAUCGUGAAACAUCUUCGACAUUUGUCUCUGAAACCCAACCUGAACAUAGUGUUGAAGGGUUGGAAAAUGUAGUUCUACACAAUGAAGAUGAAUCAAUGCAUAAAUGCAAAGUCAAAUGGAGCAAGGAAGCCACUAUGCUUCUGAUAAGUGGAUGGCUUAAUACAUCUAAGGAUGCCAUUGUAGGGAAUGACCAAACUUCUACACAUUUCUGGGCUCGGAUUGUAGAAUACUACAACACCAACCAAAAAGGCGAGCAAGCAAGAACUGGAAGGCAAUGCAAAGAUCAUUGGAACAAGAUGAAUCAAAAGGUGGCGCUUUUCAAUGGGUGUUAUAAACGAGUACAACAAGCACAUCACAGUGGUUGGUCUGAUGAGCAAAUUCUUGAGAAUGCACAUCAAUUUUACAAAUCUGAAAAUAACAACUCAAAUUUUCUGCUUGUGGACUGUUGGAGAUUGCUAAAGGAGGAGCCGAAAUGGAAUAAAUGUACCAACCAAAAGGUGGUAAGAGAACAAAGGUGUCAGAUACAGGGGCAUUUACUUCUUCUUCCAAUGUAG